AUGUCGGAUGAUCUUCCAAAUACUAGAGACAUCGUCAAGGGUGUCUUCAGUGUGGUAAAAGAGUACAGCAAAUUAGCAGGUGAGCUUCCAGUAGAUGACUACGAUUAUCAUAUGGCUUUUCCUGGAUUUGGUCAACAGAUAAAACGGCAUGGUGAAGCACUUGUUACUCUUAUGGAUAAAUGUUGUCAGCUUAUACCAGCACGACGUCGCGUUUCACUGCAAGGCUGUACUGGAUGUCUAAAUGAACCACAACGUGCUGUGGUGAUGGAGGCAGUGGAUUCAUUGUUGGAAAAUGUGGAUGGUUUACUCGAUGAUCUUAAAGGAAGACGUCUCAGUGCAAGAGAUCAACUAUCAGUUACAUUUGGGUCGGAACUGCAGAGUUCCUCUAAUUCUCCUAAUGAGUUUUCAGGACAUGUUUUUCGACCACAGUUAACGUUUGAACAUCCUGUGGAUAAUAGCACAGAUCCAUUUGCACCUAUUUACUAUGAUGAAAAAGGUGAGAAACAUGUGGCUCAACCUGGUGUUCAUCCUUUCUUUGAUCAAAUUAAAAACGCCCCGAUAAAUGAAGAACAACUGCUUCGAUGUGCAGAUACAACAUAUCUUCCUUUGGCUACAUGUCCACUUCGUUUUCUGGACUCUGUAACAGAACUUGAACAGAUGGUGGAAGUACUUCUUCAGGAAAAGGAAAUUGCAGUGGACCUGGAACAUCACGAUUUUUAUUCUUACCAAGGAUUUACAUGUCUUAUGCAGAUCAGCACACGCACAGAAGAUUUCAUUAUUGAUUGUCUUAAACUACGAUCUUCUAUGUAUAAAUUGGCUCCUGUUUUUCUACAUCCACGCAUUUUAAAAGUAUUUCAUGGUGCUCGAGAAGAUGUUAGGUGGUUACAAAAAGAUUUUGGCCUGUAUAUUGCAAAUUUAUUUGAUACAGGUAUAGCUCUUCAGACAUUACAUAUGCCUCACAGUCUGGCUUUUGCUGUUGAUCAUUUUUGUCAGGUAAAACUGAAUAAAAAAUAUCAGACAGCAGAUUGGCGUAUUCGUCCUAUUCCAGCAGAAAUGGUGGCGUAUGCUCGACAAGAUACACAUUUUCUCUUGUAUGUAUAUGAUCGAUUAAAGGCUCUUCUUCUUAAUAGUGAGGGUAGAGCUUCUGUUGGUAAUCUUCUGGUUCACGUAAUUAAUGAAAGUCGUCGACUGUCAUUGGAAUUGUAUGAAAAACCACAACUAGAGCCAAAUACUACUUAUAAACUUGCCCUUGGUCGGAGUUUAGGUGGGUUAUCUUCUGUACAAAUGCAAGUGGCAAGAGAUAUAUUUAAUUGGAGAGAUACUGCCGCAAGGGAAGUGGAUGAUUCACCUGCUGCUGUUAUGCAUCUUUCCUCUGUAUUGGCUAUUGCCACUAAAUUACCAACUUCUGCAAGUCAACUACUAAAGUGCUGCAGUCCGAUAAGUCUUGUAACUCGUUCAAAUGUCAUGAAACUUGUUCAAAUAGUAAAAGAUGCUGUAGGAAACUCGAUAACUGUAAAACAACAAGAAGAGGAAAUUAAGAUGGAGUCUAAAGAAGAUACUAAAGAAGUAUCCCGUCCUGUUGGCGUUCAUCAGCCAAUGACAGGAACUUUACCAUCUAUUGAACAGGGUGUAACCCCAGAAUUGGCGUAUGAAACAAACACCUGUACGGUUGUGCAUUCACAACCAUCUGCGUGGUUUACCACUAUGCGCAAUCUCGCCAGUGUUCUCCGCAGCAGGUCUCAACUGGCUGUCCCACUUCCUGGUCAAGAGGUGAUGGCAAUGUUACUACAUGCUAAAAGUAUCAAUAAACGCCCACGUGGUGAUAUAGCGGAGGCAUCAUCUUUGCAAGAGGAUGAAACUACACUGAAAGACACAGUGGAAGAUGAUAGUCUCCAUAACCAUAACAGUAAUGAAGAAGAAGGAGAAGAAAAGGAAAAGAAUGAACUGGAGAAGAAUAGCGGUGAACAGGCGGCGGAGGACCAACAGGCCGUUAAGCCUCUCGAGUUGGGUCAACAGGCCAUGGCACUCCGACAGAAGUACGGUCUGGGCAGUGCGAAUCGCAAGAAGGCCAAGGUGGAAAGGCGAAAGAAUACCAAGGACGUGUAA